GGCUGAAAAUGAAGCAUUUUUUAAAAAGGAGACUGAGGGUGUAGCAUCCACACUGUGGAAUUAAACCAGUUUGGCACCACUUUAACUGCUACAGAGUGUCAGGAUUUGUAGUUUGUUGAGGCAAUCAGCCUUUUAUAUCCAAGAGCUCUCAUGCCUCCUCACCAAAACCCAUAAAUCCCAGGGUCAUGGCCGUUAAAAGUGGCAUCAAAGUGGCUUAAUUCUGUGGUGCGGCUGCACCCUGAGGAGAUUCUGGGAACUCAGAAAACAAAAACAAGAAGAGCAUAGACAGUUGCAGAGAAAAGGGGGGGGGGGAGAUAAAAAGAACCAGGCAGAAAAAAGCCAUGAAGGAGAUAGCAGUCGCUCUCUCACCACCAUCUUAUGCCUUCACACGGCAACGUUUUGUUCAGUGGCUGAGCUGUUGUGUGAUUGUGACAAGAGCCUGAGGCCUACACUUGGGUCCCAGCAGGAUUGUGUAGCCAGAAACAGGCCUGGCUAAACCAGAAACCGGGAACAGAUUGAAUGUGAAUUUAUUGACAGAAAGGGCUUCAUGUUCAGUGUAGAUCAUUCAAUAGAUGACUGCCAUUAUCAUCUGCCAUUGGUUGGAGACACAACAAAAGCCAUCUGAGAAGCCAGAGCCUGUUUUUGGAAGAGACGUCCAGUUAAAUGUUGGAAGGAAGCAGCAUCUGAGUAAAUCAAGGGCCAAAAUUCAGAAUGAGAAGAGUCUUCCAGACUAGUGCAAUGUAGCAAGUAGAAAAGAGAUGGCAAUUUGUCUUGCUGGACUCGUGACCAUUGCUAUUGUGAUUGCGAGCAGCUUCACAGUAGAUACUGAAAACUCUAUGCAAAGGGUUCGGAGGGAUGAUGAUGAUGAUGACCGCAGCAGAAGUGAAGUACUCUUAUGCCCUUGCUCUCAAGGAUGCUGUGAUGAAAAUUGGUACCAGUACAAAGAUGCUUGUUACUUUCCUGUGCAUGUAUCAAAAUCCUGGCAACAGGCUAAGCAGAACUGUGAAGACCUCAAUGCUCAUCUAGCCUCUGUUCACAGUGAAAACGAAGACAGCUUCAUCUUUUAUCUGAUGUGGAAAAGAACAGAUUACUGGCUUGGAGCAGAAAAAACUGAUGACACAGCAGCACCCUGGAAAUGGAUUGAUAAUUCUGCUAUGGAUUACCCUGAUAAAUUGCCAAACCAGGUGGCAGCCCAGCAAUAUGACCGUUUGACAGUCAGAGCAGGUGAUGGAGGUAAAACAUCCUGGACGGCGUCCAAACAAAGCUCUCCACAUAAAUAUGUCUGUAAAUACCUACUGGAUUGAGAAUAUAUCUAGCAUUGAUGGAAUAAUCCUUCUGUAUCUAUAAAGCGGAGUUGUGGCUUUGCUUGACGAUGAUGAUUCCAGUAGUGGAAAUUAUUCCGGAGCAGAUCACUAUCUGACAGGUUUCUUUCUGCUAAUAGUCAGCUCUAUAGAGCAGUGAGCUUUUGAUGGCAGAACAAUAAAGAAAACAUUUUCA